CUCAGACCUGUACCUAUAACUCCCCCACACGGAUACCAUCUAGCUAUCUAGCGGGCAGGGAGGAUGUCUUCCACGCUCAGCUUCACCCCCACACCGGGCGAGACCACGCUGGUCAACCAAAUAUUUACGAGAAACGACCCACAGAAGUUCGGCGUCAUCACCGGCGACGUCGCCGUCAAAAUAUUCGGCGGCGCGAACCUCUCUUCCUCUGUUCUUGGCGAGAUUUGGGCUAUCGCAGACGCGGACAAUAAUGGUUUCUUGACGAGAAAGGGUGUUUCGGUCGCGGUCAGGUUGAUGGGCUGGGCGCAGAAGGGAGAGCCCAUUACGGAGGACUUGGUCAACAGACCUGGACCAUUACCUGCUCUCGAUGGUUAUUCUUCGUCGGCAGGAGGUUCUCAACCACACAGUCCCGCAGCACCAAAGUCGCCGCCCCCUCGCUCUCCACUACCGCCCCUGACCCCCCAGGAUAAGGCAAAGUUCCACAGACUAUUCGUCAGUUGCGGCCCUGCCAAUGGACUGCUGAGUGGCGACAAGGCGAGGGACGUCUUCGUCAAGUCGAAACUUCCCGUGGACAAACUCUCCUCGAUAUGGAACCUCUCAGAUACCCAAAGCCGCGGCUCUCUCGACGCCACCGACUUCUGCAUCGCAAUGUACCUCAUCCAACUCUCCAUGUCCGGUCAACUCUCCUUCAUACCCACCUCCCUCCCUCCAGGCCUCUACGACCAAGCCAAAGUCGACGGCGUUGCCUCCCACUCCACCGGCGCCACCAUCGGCAGCCGUCCCCUCAGUCCCAACAUGACCGGCACAUUCAACCGCGUCAGCACCAUCCAGCCGCAAUACUCGGGGCCACCCGUGCAGCAGCAAUAUACCGGCCAGACGUUGCAGCCCCAGUAUACAGGGAGCGGGAUGAAGACUGCGCCUGCGAUUCCACCGAGACCUACGCCGGCGAGUGCGAAUAUACCGCCGUUCCCUGGUGUAGCUCAACAGCAGCAACAACAACAGGCGUGGGAUGUGACCCCGACGGAGAAAGCGAACUCGGAUAAGUUCUAUGAUACGCUGGAUGCGCAGAAGAGGGGGUUCAUCGAGGGAGAUGUGGCUGUUCCGUUCAUGUUGCAGUCCAAGCUACCUGAGGACGUUUUGGCCCAGAUCUGGGACCUAGCAGACCUGAACAACGACGGCCGCCUCACCCGUGACGGCUUCGCCGUCGCAAUGCACCUCAUCCAAAGCAAACUCGCCGGAAACGAUAUCCCAGCGACGCUCCCUACCAGCCUCAUCCCUCCAUCCAUGCGUUCCGCCGCGACCAAUGGAAUCACGGCCGGUUCGCCAUUCGCCCCACCCCAGCCGCAGUCGGAGUUGAGGGAUCUCAUUUGGGACGAGACCCCGCCCCCAUCUGCGACGCAGCCUCAGCCAGCGCCGAUGCAGCAGACGCCCCAGCAGACGGGGCCGUUCGCGCCGCAGAUGACGGGUGGGAGUCCGUUUGGUGGGCCUUCGCAGUUCCAGCAACCGCAGAUGCAGCAGCAGCAGCAUCAGUUUGCGCCACCACCUCCUCAGGAUCCGUUCGGAGGCCAGGCCGCGAAAGACCUUCUUGGUGACGACGACGAUGUCGCUACGCCCUCGCCUCCCAUCCACGACCACUCCGUCGAAAUCGGCAACGUGCAGAACCAGCUCGAUUCCACGAACCGUUCUCUCGAAAACACAAAGACGGACCGGGCGACCAUCGAAGCGACCAUCGCGACUCAAGCCGCCCAGCUCUCCGCUCUCCAGACCCAACUGGCCUCCGCCAAGGCCGCCUACGAGACCGAGACGCGUCUGCUAUCUGCGCUGAGGGAGCGCCAUAACGGGCAGUCUGCGGAUAUCGGGAAGACGAGGGAGGAGCUGAUCAGGGCGGAGAGCGAUCUGAGCGCUGUGAGGGUCGAGAAGGCGGAGAUUGAGCAGACGGUGUUGAGGGAUAAGGAGGAGAUCAGGGAUUUGCAGCGGAGGAUGACCGAGACGGGGUCGACGAUCGAGCAGAUGAAGGGCGAGAUUGAGAAGGCGAAGAAGGACGCGAAGCAUCAGAAGGGCUUGUUGGCGAUUGCGAAGAAACAGUUAGCCACACGCGACGCGGAGAGGGCGAAAGUUGCGAAGGAGCUCGAAGGGGCGAAGAAGGAGGCUGAGGAGGUUACGAAGGAGAGGGAGGCUGUGGAUGAGGAGUUGGCGAAGGAACCGGAAUCGACAAUACCCGCGACGGCGUUGGCAAAUGGGAAUGGGCUGGAGAGGAUGAGCUCCCCGGAUAGUUUGUCGUUCGCGGCGGCGCAGCCUUUGCCUGGCACGCCUGGCAGUCCGAUGUCGAUGAUCAGUCCUAUGCACACGGGCAAGAGCAACAAUCCGUUCGAUAGGCUCGCGCAGGGAGAAAGUCGCUCUGGGUCUCCCUUCCAGCCUUUCGCGAAUUCUCCUUCGCCCGGUACGCCCGGACAACAGACCCCUGCGGCGACAGCUGCUACAGCGGACUCCUCGCACGACGAUCCGUUUGGUUUCAACGAGCCUUUCACCCCUACCGUCACCGAGUCGCAGGAAGCUUCCUUCACGGAACAGCUGGACACACCUGACCUUAACGGAGAGACGCCCUCUGCUACUCCCAAAAUUGGUGGCCCGGAGCACACGAACUUCACCCAGAGUGACCGCCCAUUGUCGAGUGUGACCAGCGAAAGCGACGAUUUGUUCACGACGCCUCCGACUACGGCUAUCGCCACACAGAUGACAGGAGAACAUCCUCCCACCGGAUUUUCGGCGCUACCCCCACCUGGAAUCUCCACUGACAUCGCAGAACUGUCUUCGAAGACCCCAGAACCCAUCGCUACCGCCGACAAGGGCAAACAGAAGGAAGAAGGCGAGAUCCUGGGCGAGACGGACCUGACCUCUCAUGUUAAGGAUCUCGAAGUAGAUGAGUCGGAUAGCAGCGAUGACAGUGACGAUGAGGUUCCCCUCGGUGCUUUGGCGAACAAGCCGUCCGCUGGAUCUCCCGAACCCCAGGCACCCACAACGAACGGUUUCGACGCACCUGCUGCACCCGCUGUGCCCGCGUUCUCGUUCGACGACGCGUUCGCGGAGCCUGCCACGACCACCGUGCCUGGUGCUCUUCCCGCCGAGUCAAACAAGGCCGAGCCUUUGUCCGCGCAAACUUCAGGACUUGCAGGACUUGGUCAAGCUCUGGGUUCCGCGUCUACGUCUCCUUCUUCGCCCUUCCCGCAGGUCAGCAGCCCCCUCGGUGAUAACACGACUGUCUCGGCCGGUGUAAAUGAUUUCGACGAGGCGAUGGGCAAGAUUCCUACCACUGCUAAUUCGGGCACGGAUCAGAAACCGGAAUUUUCGUUCGAUUCGGCGUUUGAGGAUAAUUUCGACUUUGGCUCUGCUGGUGCAAGCGUUGGUGCAAUUGCCGACGGUGCCAGCAGUAACCCAUUCCCUCCUGCGCCUGGUGCUACGUCGACGUCGUCUCCUUUCCCCCCGGUUGGUUCUUCGCCAUUCCCUCCUGCUCCUUCGGCGACUACGAACGGCAACGCGACGUCCCCGUUCCAGACCACCCCGAAGAACGAUGGGUUCGAUAGUCUCUUCGGGACGAGUUCACCUCCUGCACCUGCACCCGCAUCUGCUCAACAUUCCGCGACUGCCUCUUCGUUUGACGAUGCAUUUGGCAUGGGCUCGGUGACAUCUGUUCCAUCCCAGAUUUCGACUCAGGCUCCGACGCACUCAGGACAACCUUCCGCUAGUGCAGACAGUCACGGUAUCUCGUUCGACGAUGCGUUUGGCGGUGUGGGAGGAAGUAAGGCCCUAGCCCUCGAUAACGCAUUCGGAUCGACUUCCUCCGCAGGAUCAGCACUUCCCAACCAAGCGUCAUUGCAAGGCCACGCUGGUCAGGGCGUGCCACAAAGCCCAACGCAAUCUACAUCCACGCCGUUUCCUACCUCUCCACCCCUGAGUGCUAGUGUGAGCAGCAAGCAUGGAAACCCGAAGAGGUCGAUGUCGCCGCCACCGAGGAGCCAGAGUCCUGUGGCGAGGAUCUCGAGCCCGAAGCAGAGGCCUUCGACAGCAGGGAGCCAGAAGGAUGGGUCAGAGAAAUCGAUCCCGACGAGGCAUUCAAAGAUCAGUAUUCGCCUCCCGUUCGGAAAGAAGAAGAAGACUUUACCGGAGGCAUCGCAUCCCCCACCACCUCCAUCGUCGCUCUCACAUCACCUCAUGCCGGUAGCGGACGAGAGUGCUGUGGCUCCAGGUGGGACGGCGACGCCGGCGGUGGAGGAUGAUGUCGAGCCGGUGAAGCAGCUUUGCGGGAUGGGCUUCAGUCGGACGCAGGCGGUAUCCGCGCUGGAGGCGAAUGCGUACGAUUUCCAGAAGGCGCUGAACAGUCUGUUGGGAUCAUGAGUGCGGAAUGCGGAAUGGAAGGCGUGGUUCGCCGGUGAGGAUCGCUAUGACUAUGACGGGUAAGUUAGAUGGGCGGCAUAAGCACUGGCUGGGAAGGAAGGUGAUUGGUGGUGGAUGGAUGGAUGGAUGGAUGGAAGAUGUGCGGCGAAAGGAUUGCCAUGGACUGAUUUCGAUGAGCAGGCGCUAGGCCGAUGUGUAAUGCUGUUUAUUUCUUAUCGUUUGUCGUUUCCUUUCUCUCCCACUUUUAAGAUUUUUUUCUUCUCUUUUCACCAUCCCCGAGUCCCGGAACGCUCCUUUGCAUUUGUGUUGCCUUGCCACUUCCAUUUACCCUUCUACAUCCAAAUGAACACGAACACCACCCUUUGUUCGUUCAACAGGCGCUCGUUUGACCUUUUCUCUCUCCCUCUCCCUCUCUACUCGCAUUCCCUCUCGUCACCCUCCUUUCACAUUCCCCAAUGAUUUGUCCUCCCUCGACCGAGUUACCUUUUGGUUACCAUGGUUCGUCUCCUUUCUUAUGUCUCCACGUCUCUACGAGUACAUUUUCUAAUUGGCCGGACGGACUACUCCUGUCCGGGGAAACGGUGGUUUUCACCUAUGUCUUUUCU